AGGAAGCUCCAUGGAAACAGCGGACGCCAGAGUAGUUUCCAUCCACAAAGUAGGCGUUGUUUAGAUAGAAGUCUGGGCGUUAGACUAUAGAGGGUCAUGAUGGGUCUCCGAAUGAAUCUAUGACAGACUUUUUUUUAUUAAAGUGCGCCGUGUGCUGCUAGCAUGCUUUUCGCCACUAGCUAGCUACCGUUACCGUCCCCAACCCAGAAUGCAGCAGAACCAAACUUGGCCGGCUGCUGGCACAAUGGCGCGGAGACAGUGUGGCGAGUGACGGUUAGCCAGGCAGCGUUGGGAAGAGCCACGGGUUCAAAGAUGUGGAAACGCGGCGGUCGGAGCUCCGCUCUGGACCGAGCUCAGGCAUUGCUCUCCGCGAAGAGGAACCGCGGAGGAGACGCCGGGCCCACGCCGGGCGCGACAGACACGACACGGGCACGUACGGGUGCUGUUGGUGGGUCUAUGAAAACCGGAUCUGCUCCCCAACAUACCCACACUUUAUUCUCAGAUCUGAGUGACCUGUCCUCGGUCAGCUUAGCCCCUGAGAAUGGAGCUGACACUGCGAGCACUGUGGCUCCUGGGAAGAGUCGGGGAGGAGAGGGGGGGUUUACCGAGGACCUCAGACCUCAGAGCUCUCUGGGAGGAGGAGGGACCAGGUUCUUGAAGAAGGCUCCACCACCUGCAACCAACAGCAGCCAGUCACCCGUCAGCAAGAACCAGAUGCAGCAGAUGCUUGAACCAAGAUAUGUGUCAUCUUCUCAGCAUGGCUCCCAGACUGCUGCCAUGAGUAGACUGGCUCAAAUUGAGUGCCGCAGCCGCAGUCAUAAGCAGGCCCAGGAAGAGGCCAGAGAGGGAAUCUCACCACCACCAGAGGCAGCCUCCCACUCCCGGGAGGCAUCUGUGCCAAUCUCAGUUACGUCCAGCAGUGACCAGAGUCUGAAGGGGAAACGUUUCCUCAAGAACAAGGCAGCUGUGGCAUUUGACAGUACUAACUUUGCUCCUUCUGGGUCUCCACAAGGCCCAGAUAUGGGUUUCAGAUCCAGGUCCAGAGCUGCUGGUACUGUGUUCCCUUCAGCGGGUAUGGAGAUGAAGUCAUUGAGAGUAGUGAGUGGUGUGAGUUUGGAAAGUGAUGAAGAGGACAUGAGGAAACUGCUUGGAGACUCUCUGGAUUCAACAGACGACGGCGUGUUACGACCAGGGCGACCCUCUUCCAUGAGAACAGUGGAUAAGAUAUUGAGCAAAAGCAGUCAGAGGGUCCACUCCACACCUCCUCCUGCUGCUGUUUGUCCCUUGUCCCCCUCUAACACAACACCACCUCGCUCCCCUGCCUCUCCCUCUCACCGUAGUUCUCCUUUUCGAUUCACUGGCCAAGGUCAGGCCCACUUCAGCCCCUCUGUGCUCUCUCCAUCCCCCUCUCCUCCCCGUGUCUCUUCUUCCCCUCCAAGGAGACUGAACUCUCCUCACAGGGUGGCCAGUCCACAGCGUUCCCUCUCCUCUAUGUCUGGCCGCAGUGAGGUUCUUUCCCUGGAGGAGCUCUUCCCUGUGGGGCCUGGCUCUGAAGAUCCCCACAGUGAAAUGAGUUUAGUUUCUUCUGAAGACUUCAAGAUAAAUGUGAUGACAUUAGAUGACCUUGUCCCUGCUACCUUUGGAUUUACAGAGGAAACACCAAGAAAGGAGAAAGAAGCCAAACACAGCAGCCGUGUUCCUGGAUCCAAGAACAGACAUCAGCAGCCACCAAGAUUGAGAACUGAGGAGAAGGAAGUGAUGCAGCAGCAGGAAGAGGAGGAUGUGCUGGACUACCAAAGUGACUUUGAGAGUGAGAGCAGGACAGAGCCAAAUUAUAGUGCCAGCCAGGUUUCAGAGCACUUGCAAGGAGAUGGAGAUGGAGGGGAGGUGGUAUCGGAGGUCGGAGAGGAGGCUUCGAAUUCAGACGUGUCCUGUGGGAGGACAGAAGAUGAUUACUUGAACACUUUCUCGGACACAACCUCACAGACCUCAGAUCUCAGUCACACAUCAAAGUCACUCAGCCGAAGCAGGGACAGAUCUCUAGUAUCAAACAGCAGCUGGACCUCGUGUCACCAGUCGAGGAGGCAUGCUUCAGCCAGAAAGGUUUUGAAAGAGGCAGCGGUACAGACCCAGCCUGAUACCAUGGCUUACACAUGGACAACUGGUAUGGCUACAUUUGAACCUCAUACAAACUACAUGAAUCCCCCCCCAGUGGCUGCUCAUGCUCUCAGUGCAGAAACAGUGGAAGCUCUCAGCACCUUCAAUCCAGCCGUAUCUGUACUCAAUGAAAUGCUCAAACAGCAGCUUGCCAUGACGCGACGGUUCAUCACAAGCCGCCGACACCUUCACUCCAGCCUGGUGCAGAGCCUGGAGCCACCGAACUACAGAUACACCACGCUGGAGGACACCAAGGAGUACAUUCGCAAGCACAGACCUCCCAGACUCACAAUGGAGGAAGCCUUAGAGGAGGUGCAGCAGGAGAUGAGAGCCCACCAGUGUACGUGACAGCUGAUGCAGAGUCAAACUGGAUCACUGAACCCCCAUGUGCAAAGCAAGAGACAUUUGCCAUUUCUUCUUAUAAGAUUUAAUAGCAUUUACACAUUAUUAAAUAGUAUUUUUCUACCAUGGAAUAAUAAGCAUGUUCAUCAGUCACAGCACAUGCUACGAAGAUUUGAACUCAUUCUUGUGUAAAGUGCACUCUAAGAUCUUGAGUCUCUACAGUCAGAAAAUCAUAUCAUACAUUCAGUUUAAAAUUUGUGUAAUUUGAAAUCAUGUGAUAUGCAUGCGUGAAUGAACCGGAUAUUUUAGAUGGGACUAACUGAGUGAUUUGAAGGAGAUGACACCUCCCAUUUUGCUGGUGAAAUAAUAUAAAGCAUCCAUGCUGUCACUUGUACAUUCUUAGGAAAUAACGAACAGUGUUACACCUUCAUCACUGUCAUUCUGUAACAAUGCAUUGUUUAAAAUAGACCCCAAACAAGGGAAUAAUGUAUUAAAAAUUUCCACACUGUACAACAAUACAUUGUUCCACAGGUGUUCAUUCAUAAAAAAAAUCAGAAAAUGUGGCAACAUGGUUUCUCUCCUGAAAGUAGCAUUAUCUAUUAUCAGUUACAAUUUCCACUUCAUCUACACAGCUAUACAUUCUAACACCGUGGUUAUUUAAAAGUUACUAAUGGAUAGAAGCACAUCUACCUUUGAUGAACAGAAUAACAAAAAUGAUGUUUUGCUUUUCUAAAUUUAAAUAUUAAAAUCCACUGAACCAUUUCAGUGGAUUGAAACCAUAGAAACAGUCAAAAUGUUGGAAACCAACUCAAUCUGCAUUUGAAUACUGUGUCUAUGUCCAGACCGAUGUACAUUUAUAAUUUGAGUAAAAUUUCCACACUGUACAACAAUACAUUG